AUGGACCAAGUAGAGAAACCGGAGGAACCUGAAAAGCAACCAAACUAUGGAGUAGAAACAAAAGAUAAAGAUUAUACACCACCACCCUCAUAUAAUCCACCAAUUCCAUAUCCGCAAAGACUAAAACAAACCAAGAUAGAAAACCAAUACCAAAAAUUCAUCAAGGUGAUAGAAAAAAUCUAUGUAAACAUCCCUUUUACCGAAGGAAUCACCAAGAUACCAUCAUAUGCUAAGUUCUUAAAAGACAUUAUAUCCAACAAGCGUAGACUCGGCGAUCCCAAACCUUUAGAAUGCAAUUUCAUUUUCAAAAAUAAACUUGCCAAGAAAGAAAAGGACCCUGGAAGUUUUCCCAUUCCUUGCAUCCUAGGAAAUCAUAUGAUAGACAAAGAUUUCUUAGAUCUAGGAGCGAGCUUAAGUUUAAUGCCUUUGGCAAUUUGUAAGAGGUUAGGCUUAGGAGAACUUCAGCUGACUAAAAUGUCCUUACAAUUUGCUGAUAGUUCUGUCAAAUAUCAUAUGGGCAUAUUAGAAGACAUACCAGUUAAAAUAGGUCAGCUGUAUAUCUCAACCGAUUUCGUAGUAAUGGAUAUUAAAGAAGAUGAUGAAAUCUCGAUCCUCCUAGGAAGGCUAUUCUUGUUAACAGCCGGAGCCAUAAUAGAUGUUAAAAAAGGAAAAUUAACUUUUGAAUUAGGAGAUGAAAAGAUAGAACUCAUUCUUUCAAAAUUCUUAAUGGCACCAGUGAUAGGGGAUGCAUGUUAUGCUACCGAUAUCAUUAACGAAUGCAUAAAUGAGCUUGCGCAAGAUGAACCUUUAAUUAAACUGUCUUUGACCCCCAUUUGGGAGGACAAUGGAUUUAAAAGACUGGAACCCUACAUUGAUAAUAACCUCUAUGAAUGUUUAGCUCUUACCUCAGAUCCUAUGUCGUGUCCAAAGAAGCCAUCUUUGGAACUUAAAGAACUACCCUAG